AGCAUUUAGUUCACUGAACGCCCACUCCUCUACCGUCCUUGACUCCUUGCGCUCCUCUUUUCUUUCGCUGCUACUAGAAACCCUACUCUUUCCGCUCCCAGAUCCCGAUCUUCCCUUCCGUAGUAUCCAAUUCUCGCGAAUCCGCUGGUUAUCUCCUAGACCGGUCUAUCAUCGAUCAAAAUCCUUCUCUGGAUCGCGAGACUUCACGAUUUUGUUGUUUCUUAAGUUGGAAAACCGCCGCAUUUCGACGGUUCAAUCGGCUUUGGUGUUGCGCUUCGCUGGAUCGCGACAUUGUGUUUGAUGAUUCCUCAGCUGGUUGGAUAUCAGGUUGUAAAUUUAUUACAAGGUAUGGAAGCUGAGUUCUGUUCUGUCAGGACAACUCUAUCCCCUUCACGGUAUGAAAGUGGGGAUGAAGAGCUUUCUGUGCUUCCCAGGCACACUAAAGUCAUUGUCACUGGAAACAACAGAACUAAGUCUAUUUUAGUUGGACUUCAAGGCGUCGUCAAGAAGGCAGUAGGUCUUGGUGGCUGGCAUUGGUUGGUUCUAAAGAAUGGCGUAGAAGUGAAACUGCAAAGAAAUGCAUUGAGUGUCUUGGAAGCCCCUACAGGAAACGAAGAUGAUGAUGAUGACAUUGAAUAUGAUAACUCAUUCUGCAGUAGCUCAGACCUGGGAGACAAAGACAUUGAUUGCUCUAGCUUAGAGUUCCGUAAGACAACAAAGCCAAGGGUUCGGCAUACCAAGCCAUGGGCAUCCUUUGCAAAGUCAAGUGGUCGGAGCAGUUGUCAAGACACUCAUACUAAUGCCCAUAAACAUCAAAUGAGACUUAACUUGGCUAAGCUUGGGACGCCGACCUUAUGGAGAUACUGGAGGCACUUCAAUCUCGUGAACGUCAACCCCAAGCCAACCAAGGAACAACUGAUUCUUGGUGUUCAAAAUCAUCUCCUGUCACAGGAAUUGGAUGAGAUGCAGGUGAUCAUGGGUUUCAUCCACUCUGCCAAAAGAUUGAAAACACUUAACCCAUAAAGAGGAACAAGGUGGUGUGAUUGGACGGAUUGUAAAAGUGCCUUACCUAAUGGACUGCAGUGAUUGAACCAUGGCACUUGAUGAUUUUGUAGUCUAGUAAAAUAUAUAUAUAUUUAUAUAUAUACCUACCUAAUGGACUGCAGUGAUUGAACCAUGGCACCCAAUGAUUUUGUAGUCUAUAUAUAUGUAUUUAUAUUUUCUUGUUUUGGUGAGAAUGGAAAGGACAUACUUCUUAUUCGGUUGUGGUGGAGGGGACAGCGUGCUUAAAAGAUGAGUCGGAAAAGGACGAUUUAUUCUAUAUAAUCUUCCGGAUUUUGCGGUGUAAAA